AUGUCAGUAAUUGCUGUGGUCACUUACUUUGGUUUAUUUCCUGCUGUGUUGAAUCUUGCGUCUAAUGCUCUCAUUACCACCAAUGCAACAUGUGGAGAAAAAGAACCUGAAAUGUACUGCAAAUUAGUAGAGCAUGUCCCUGGACAACCAGUGAGGAACCCUCAAUGUCGAAUCUGCAAUCAAAAUAGCAGUAAUCCCAACCAGAGACACCCGAUUACAAAUGCUAUUGAUGGAAAGAACACUUGGUGGCAAAGUCCCAGUAUUAAGAAUGGAAUUGAGUACCAUUAUGUGACAAUUACACUGGAUUUACAGCAGGUGUUCCAGAUUGCGUAUGUGAUUGUGAAAGCCGCUAACUCCCCUCGACCUGGAAAUUGGAUCUUGGAGCGCUCUCUGGAUGAUGUGGACUAUAAGCCGUGGCAGUACCACGCCGUGACCGACACCGAGUGUCUAACCCUCUACAACAUAUAUCCCCGCACCGGGCCACCGUCGUAUGCCAAAGACGACGAGGUCAUCUGCACUUCAUUUUAUUCCAAGAUACAUCCCUUAGAGAAUGGAGAGAUCCACAUCUCUUUGAUCAAUGGAAGACCAAGUGCUGAUGACCCUUCCCCUGAACUUCUGGAAUUUACUUCUGCACGAUAUAUUCGCCUGAGGUUUCAGAGGAUCCGCACCUUGAAUGCUGAUUUGAUGAUGUUUGCCCACAAAGAUCCAAGAGAAAUUGACCCCAUUGUUACCAGAAGAUAUUACUAUUCCGUCAAGGAUAUUUCAGUCGGAGGGAUGUGCAUCUGCUAUGGUCACGCCAGAGCUUGUCCGCUUGAUCCAGCGACAAAUAAAUCCCGCUGUGAAUGUGAACACAAUACGUGUGGUGAGAGUUGUGAUCAUUGCUGUCCCGGAUUCCAUCAGAAACCCUGGAGAGCUGGAACUUUUCUCACCAGAACCGAAUGUGAAGCAUGCAAUUGCCAUGGGAAAGCUGAAGAAUGCUAUUAUGAUGAAGAUGUUGCUAGAAGAAAUCUAAGUUUAAAUAUAUAUGGAAAGUACAUCGGAGGGGGUGUGUGCAUUAAUUGUACACAAAACACUGCUGGCAUAAACUGCGAGACAUGCAUCAAUGGCUUCUUCAGACCAAAAGGGCUACAUUUAUACAAGUCUUUUGUGGCCAUGUUUCAUUUUCUCUCUCAUAAAAACUUGAAAGUAGGAUCCUUUAAAAAUUUCUACCAUCAAAAGCACUAUGGACUUCAGUUCCAUGCUCUCAUCUUGAAUCAAAAUCAACUUGAUGGUCUGGCUCCUGGAUCUUGUCAUUGCAAAAAUGGCUUUGGAGGAUUGAGCUGUGAUAGAUGUGCGAGAGGUUACACUGGCUACCCUGAUUGCCAGUCCUGCAACUGCAGUGGCAUAGGAAGCAGAAACGAGGAUCCUUGUUUAGGACCCUGUAACUGCAAGGAAAAUGUUGAAGGAGGAGACUGCAGUCGUUGCAAAUCUGGCUUCUUCAAUUUGCAACAGGAGAACCCGAAAGGUUGUGAUGAGUGCUUCUGUUCCGGGGUUUCUAACAGAUGUCAGAGCUCCUACUGGACCUAUGGCAACAUACAAGACAUGAGAGGCUGGUAUUUGACAGACAUCUCUGGCCACAUCCGCAUGGCUCCCCAGCGGGAUGAAUUGGAUGUACCUGACCAGAUCAGCAUCAGUAACAGGGAGGCCAGACAGACUUUACCACAAGACUACUACUGGAGCGCCCCUGCUGCGUAUCUGGGAAACAAACUCACAGCAGCUGGAGGACAGUUGACGUUUACUAUAUCAUACGACCUGGAAGAAGAAGAGAAUGACACAGAACGUACUCUACAGUUUAUGAUUAUCUUAGAGGGAAGUGGCUUGAAAAUCAACACAGCCCAAGAUGAGGUCUAUCUGCAGCCAUCUGAAGAACAUAUUAGUGUCCUGUCAUUUAAAGAAGAAUUAUUUACCAUACAUGGCACAAAUGUUCCAGUCAGUAGAAAAGAAUUUAUGACAGUGCUUGCAAGUUUAAAGAGGCUCCUUAUACAAACCACAUACAGCCUUGGGAUGGAUGCCAUCUUCAGGUUGAGUGCUGUUACUCUUGAAUCUGCUGUUCCCUAUGCUACUGAUGGAGGCAUCAUCGCAAAUGCUGUAGAAGUUUGUCAGUGCCCACCAGGGUAUAGUGGUUCUUCUUGUGAAACUUGCUGGCCUCGGCACAGACGGGUUAAUGGUACAAUUUUUGGUGGCAUCUGUGAACCAUGUCAUUGCUUUGGUCACGCGGAAUCCUGUGAUGACAUCACUGCAGAAUGCCUGAACUGUAAAGACCACACAGGAGGCCCCUAUUGCAAUGAAUGCCUCCCAGGUUUCUAUGGUGAUCCAACUAAAGGUACUGCAGAAGACUGUCAGCCCUGUGCCUGUCCUCUCAAUAUCCCAUCUAAUAACUUUAGCCCCGUGUGCCAUCUAGACCGGAGUCUCGGAAUGAUCUGUGAUGAAUGCUCUGCCGGUUACACAGGACCACGCUGUGAGAGGUGCGCGGAAGGCUAUUUUGGACAACCUUCUGUACCUGGAGGAUCAUGUCAGCCGUGCCAAUGCAAUGACAACCUUGACUUCUCCAUCCCUGGCAGCUGUGACAGCUUGUCUGGCUCCUGUCUGAUAUGUAAGCCCGGUACAACAGGCCGGAAUUGUGAGCUCUGUGCUGAUGGAUAUUUUGGAGAUGCAGUUGAUGCAAAGAACUGUCAGCCCUGUCGCUGUAAUGUCAAUGGCUCCGUCUCUAAGGUUUGCCACCCUCAGACAGGACAGUGCGAAUGCAGACCCAACGUACAGGGAUGGAAGUGUGAUGAGUGCAAGCCUGAAACUUUUGGCCUGCAGUCAGCAAGGGGGUGUGUUCCUUGCAACUGUAAUUCCUUUGGAUCUAAGUCUUUUGAUUGUGAAGAGAGUGGACAAUGCUGGUGUCAGCCAGGAGUAACAGGAAAGAAAUGUGACCGAUGUGCCCAUGGCUAUUACAACUUUCAAGAAGGAGGAUGCACAGCAUGUGAUUGUGCCCAUCUGGGCAAUAAUUGUGAUCCAAAGACUGGUCGAUGUAUUUGUCCUCCUAAUACCAUUGGAGAGAGGUGUUCUAAAUGUGCCCCGAAUACCUGGGGCCACAGCAUUGUCAGUGGUUGUAAGGUUUGCAACUGCAGUUUGGUGGGGUCUCUUGAUUUCCAGUGCAAUGUAAACACGGGCCAAUGCAAAUGCCAACCAAAGUUCUCUGGUGCACAGUGCUCAGAGUGCAAUCGAGGCCACUGGAAUUACCCACACUGUGAUCUCUGUGACUGCUUCAUGCCUGGGACGGACAGUGAAACGUGUGACAUAGAGACCAAGAAGUGUUCAUGUAGUGAUCAGACUGGACAGUGUAUUUGCAAGGUUAACGUGGAAGGGCUUCGCUGUGACAGGUGCCAGCCUGGCAAAUUUGGACUCGAUGCCAAGAACCCACUUGGCUGCAGCAGCUGCUAUUGCUUUGCUGUUACUUCUCAGUGCUCUGAAGCAAAAGGACUGAUCCAUACGCGGGUAACCCUGACACCUGAGCAGACCAUUCUGCCGCUGGUGGAUGAAGCCCUGCGACAUACAACUACCAAGGGCAUCACUUUUCAACAUCCAGAGAUCAUUGCACACAUGGAUAUGGUGAGAAAAGAUCUCCAUUUGGAACCAUUUUAUUGGAAACUUCCAGAACAAUUUGAAGGAAAGAAGUUGAUGGCAUAUGGUGGCAAACUCAAGUAUGCAAUCUACUUUGAGGCUCGAGAAGAAACAGGUUUCUCUACUUAUAAACCACAAAUUAUCAUUCGAGGUGGGACUCCUGCUCAUGCUAGAAUUAUCAUCAGACACAUGGCUGCUCCUUUAAAUGGCCAAUUGACAAGGCAUGAAAUAGAAAUGACAGAGAAAGAAUGGAAAUAUUAUGGUGAUGAUCCUCAAAUCAGUAGGACUGUGACCCGUGAAGAUUUCUUGGAUGUACUAUAUGAUAUUCAUUAUAUUCUUAUCAAGGCUACUUAUGGAAAUAUCAUGCGACAAAGCAGGAUUUCUGAAAUCUCUAUGGAAGUGGCUGAACAAGGACAAGCAACAGCUGGGAUUCCUCCAGCCCGCUUGAUAGAAAAAUGCAAUUGUCCCCUGGGCUAUUCUGGCUUCUCCUGUGAGGCAUGCUCACCAGGAUUCUACCGAGCACCCUCUGAACCUGGAGGUCGCACACCUGGGCCAACCUUGGGCACCUGUGUCCCAUGCCAGUGUAAUGGACAUAGUAGUCUGUGUGAUCCUGAUACCUCCAAAUGCCAGAACUGCCAACAUCACACUGCUGGUGACUUCUGUCAACACUGUGCUCAUGGAUACUAUGGAAUUGUCAAGGGAUUGCCAAAUGAUUGCCGGCAAUGUGCUUGCCCUCUGAUUUCUUCCAGCAACAAUUUCAGCCCCACUUGUGUCAUGGAAGGCCUCGAUGAUUACCGCUGCACUGCCUGUCCACGAGGGUAUGAAGGGCAGUACUGUGAAAGAUGUGCCCCUGGCUACACUGGGAGCCCAAGCAGCCCAGGAGGUUCCUGCCAAGAAUGUGAGUGUGACCCUCAUGGUGCACUUCCUGUCCCCUGUGACCCUGUCACAGGACUCUGCACGUGCCGACCUGGAGCCACGGGGCCAAAGUGUGAUGGCUGCAAGCCCUGGCAUGCACGAGAGGGCGUGGAGUGUGUUUUCUGUGGCGAUGAAUGCACGGGCCUUCUUCUUGGUGACUUGGCUCGCCUAGAGCAGAUGGCCGUGAGCAUCAACCUCACUGGCCCGCUGCCUGCUCCCUAUAAAAUGCUGUACGGCCUCGAAAAUAGGACUCAAGAGCUGAAGCACUUGCUCUCACCUCAGCGGGCUCCAGAGAGGCUCAUUCAGUUGGCAGAAGGCGAUCUGAAUACCCUUGUGACAGAAAUGAAUGAGCUUCUGACCAGGGCGACCAAAGUGACAGCAGAUGGCGAGCAAACUGGACAGGAUGCUGAGAGGACCAACACGAGAGCAAAAUCAUUAGGAAAAUUCAUGAAGGAGCUUGUCCAGGAUGCAGAAGCUGUAAAUGAAAAAGCUGUAAAACUAAAUGAAACUCUGGGAGCUCAAGACAAGACUUUUGAGAGAAAUCUGCAAGAUCUUCAGAAAGAGAUUGAUCAGAUGAUGGCAGAACUGAGGAGGAAAAAUUUAGAUACACAAAAGGAAGUGGCUGAAGAUGAGUUGGUAGCUGCAGAAGGUCUUCUGAAGAAAGUGAAGAAGCUGUUUGGAGAGUCUCGGGGCAAAAAUGAAGAAAUGGAGCAGGAUAUCCGCGAGAAACUUGCUGACUACAACAGCAAAAUUGACGAUGCUUGGGACCUGUUGAGAGAAGCCACAGAUAAAAUCAGGGAAGCGAAUGCCUUGUCUGAGGCAAACCUGAAAAACAUGACAGCUUUGGAGGAAAAGAAGGAAGCUGUACAAAGUGGCAAAGAGCAAACUGAGAACACUUUAAAAGAAGGCAAUGACAUACUUGAUGAAGCCAGGCGUCUUGCAGAUGAAAUCAAUGCAGUGAUAGAAUAUGUUCAAGAUAUUAAGACUAAAUUGCCACCAAUGUCUGAGGAGCUUACAGAGAAAAUAGAUGACCUCUCCCGUGAAAUCAAGGACAGGAAGCUUGCAGAGAAGGUAUCCCAGGCUGAGGGCCAUGCUGCCCAGUUGAAUGACUCCUCUGCUGUCCUUGACGGAAUCCUUGAUGAGGCUAAAAACAUUUCUUUUAAUGCCACUGUGGCCUUCAAAGCAUACAGCAACAUUAAGGACUAUAUUGAUGAAGCUGAGGAAAUUGCCAAAGAAGCUAAAGGUCUUGCAAAUGAAGCUACAAAACAGGCAACAGGUCCUCAGGGUUUAUUAAAAGAAGGUGCCAAAGGUUCUCUUCAGAAAAGCUUCAGGAUUCUUAACGAAGCCAAGAAGUUAGCAAAUAAAGUGAAAGAAAGUGAAGAUGAUUUGAAUGACUUGUCAAACAGGUUAGGAAAUGCAGAAAUUAGAAACGGGGAUCUUCUGAAAGCUUUGAACGACACACUGGGAAAGUUAUCAGCCAUUCCGAAUGAUACAGCUGUGAAACUGCAAGUCGUUAAGGACAAAGCAAGACAAGCCAACGACACAGCAAAAGACGUACUGGCACAGAUUAAAGACUUCCACCAGGACCUUGAUAGCCUGAAGAAAAAUUACGAUAAACUAGCAGACAGCGUAGCCAAAACAAAUGCUGUGGUAAAGGAUCCUGCCAAAAACAAAAUCAUUGCAGAUGCUGAUGCCACUGUAAAAAAUCUAGAACAAGAAGCUGAUCGUCUCCUAGAUAAACUCAAACCUAUCAAAGAACUUGAAGACCAUCUGAAAAGAAACAUUUCAGAGAUAAAAGAACUGAUAAACCAAGCACGGAAACAAGCCAAUUCUAUCAAAGUAUCGGUGUCUUCGGGAGGUGACUGCAUUCGAACAUACAAGCCGGAAAUCAAGAAAGGAAGCUACAAUAAUAUUGUUGUCAAUGUCAAGACAGCUGUUGCUGACAAUCUCCUUUUUUAUCUUGGAAGUGCUAAAUUUAUUGACUUUCUGGCUAUUGAAAUGCGUAAAGGCAAAGUAAGCUUCCUCUGGGAUGUUGGAUCUGGAGUUGGACGUGUAGAAUAUCCAGAUUUAACCAUUGAUGAUUCCUACUGGUACCGUAUUGAGGCAUCAAGAACUGGAAGAAAUGGAAGCAUUUCUGUGAGAGCACUAGAAGGACCCAAAGCUAGCAUCGUGCCCAGUACAUACAGUUCAGUGUCUCCUCCAGGAUACACUAUCCUUGACGUGGAUGCCAAUGCAAUGUUGUUUGUCGGAGGCUUGACUGAAAAAUUAAAGAAAGCUGAUGCCGUGCGAGUGAUCACAUUCACUGGCUGCAUGGGAGAGACAUACUUUGACAACAAGCCUAUAGGGUUGUGGAAUUUCCGAGAGAAAGAAGGUGACUGCAAAGGAUGUACAGUCAGUCCUCAGGUAGAAGAUCGUGAGGGGACCAUUCAGUUUGAUGGAGAAGGUUAUGCACUGGUCAGCCGCCCUAUUCGCUGGUUCCCCAACAUCUCCACUGUCAUGUUCAAGUUCAGGACAUUUUCUUCAAAUGCUCUUCUGAUGUACCUUGCCACACGAGACCUGAAAGAUUUCAUGAGUGUAGAGCUUAUGGAUGGGCACAUAAAAGUCAGCUACGAUCUGGGUUCAGGAAUGGCUUCCGUUGUCAGCAAUCAAAACCACAAUGAUGGGAAAUGGAAAUCAUUCACCCUGUCAAGAAUUCAAAAACAAGCCAACAUAUCAAUUGUAGAUAUAGACACUAACCAGGAGGAGAACAUAGCAACUUCUUCAACUGGCAACAACUUUGGUUUGGACUUGAAAGCAGAUGACAAAAUAUAUUUUGGUGGCUUGCCAACCCUGAGGAACUUGAGUAUGAAAGCAAGGCCAGAAGUAAAUGUGAAGAAAUACUCGGGCUGCCUCAGAGAUAUUGAAAUCUCAAGAACCCCAUAUAAUAUACUCAGCAGCCCUGAUUAUGUUGGCGUCACCAAAGGAUGUUCGUUGGAGAAUGUUUACAUAGUAAACUUCCCUAAGCCUGGUUUUGUGGAGUUGGCCCCUAUGCCAGUUGUGGUGGGAACUAUUAUCAACUUGUCCUUCAGCACCAAGAAUGAGUCUGGAAUCAUUCUCCUGGGAAGUGGAGGGUCACCAGCACUACCUAGGAGAAAACGAAGGCAGACUGGACAGGCCUAUUAUGCCAUAUUCCUGAACAAAGGCCGUCUGGAAGUGCAUCUCUCCACAGGGGCACGAACAAUGAGGAAAAUUGUCGUCAAACCAGAGCCGAGUCUGUUUCACGACGGGAGAGAACAUUCUGUUCAUGUAGAGAGAACUAGCGGCAUCUUUACUGUCCAAGUUGAUGAAAACAGAAGACACAUGCAGAACUUGACGGUGGAACAGGCUAUUGAAGUUAAGAAGCUUUUUGUUGGAGGUGCUCCACCAGAAUUUCAACCUUCCCCACUCAGAAAUAUCCCUCCUUUUGAAGGCUGUAUAUGGAAUCUAGUUUUUAAUUCUGUCCCCGUGGACUUUGCACAGCCCGUAUCAUUCAAAAAUGCAGACAUUGGUCACUGUGCAGAUCAGAAGCCUCGUGAGGAAGAAGAUGGAACGGUUCCUGCUGAAAUAGUUAUUCAUCCGGAGCCAAUUCCCACGCCAGGCCUCCCUGUACCUACCCCGGUUCUAGUACAUGGUCCUUGUGCUGCAGAAUCAGAACCAGCCUUGUUGCUGGGGAGUAAGCAGUUUGGGCUUUCAAAAAAUAGUCACAUGGCAAUUGCUUUUGAUGACACCAAGGUUAAGAACAGCCUCACAAUUGAGUUUGAAGUACGAACCGAAGCUGAAUCGGGACUGCUUUUUUACAUGGCUCGGAUAAACCAUGCUGAUUUUGCCACAGUUCAGCUGAGGAAUGGAUUUCCCUACUUCAGUUAUGACUUGGGAAGUGGAGACACCAAAACCAUGAUCCCCGUCCAGAUCAAUGAUGGCCAGUGGCACAAGAUUAAGAUUAUGCGAAUUAAACAAGAAGGAAUUCUUUAUGUAGAUGAUGCCUCCAACAGAACCAUCAGUCCCAAGAAAGCUGAUAUCCUGGAUGUGGUGGGAAUUUUAUACGUUGGAGGACUACCUAUAAAUUAUACAACUCGAAGAAUUGGUCCGGUGACCUACAGCAUUGAUGGCUGUAUCAGGAAUCUUCAGAUGGCAGAGGCUCCUGUUGACCUUGAAAAACCAACCUCCAGCUUCCAUGUUGAAACAUGUUUUGCAAAUGUUCAGAAGGGAACAUAUUUUGAUGGAACAGGUUUUGCCACAGCAGUUGGUGGCUUCAAAGUGGGAUUGGAUCUCCUGGUAGAAUUUGAAUUCCGCACAACCAGAACCACUGGCGUUCUUCUAGGAAUUAGCAGCCAAAAAAUGGAUGGAAUGGGUAUAGAAAUGAUUGAUGAAAAGCUCAUGUUUCAUGUGGACAAUGGAGCUGGUCGAUUCACUGCCAUCUAUGAUGCUGGGAUCCCAGGGCAUUUGUGUGAUGGACAAUGGCACAAGGUCACUGCUAAGAAGAUCAAACACCGAAUUGAGCUGACUGUUGAUGGGAACCAGGUGGAAGCCCAGAGCCCAUACAGAGCAUCCACAUCAGCUGACACGAAUGACCCUGUGUUUGUUGGCGGCUUCCCAGAUGGCCUUAAUCAGUUUGGCCUGACGACCAACAUCCGUUUCCGAGGUUGCAUCCGGUCCCUGAGGCUCACCAAAGGAACAGGAAAGCCACUGGAAAUUAAUUUUGCCAGAGCUUUGGAGCUGAGAGGUGUGCAACCCGUGUCAUGCCCAGCCAGCUAGUUAAAAUAAAUUUAACCCAAGAAGAGUCCCUCAGAAGAGUGUAUCAAGUAAAUCAAGUAUAUUUUACCCAUGUAUCCUAAUAAAACUAACUAAUGCAU